CCUGUUCUGACUUUGUUCUCCACAAUAGGUUCUUAUUGUGGCAGUCAAACCUUUUCACUGCCAAGUCUGAAUUAAAAAAAAAGUUUUUAAGAAGGAUACUUACACCACCAUACACUUCUAGUGGCUCAUUAAAAGUGAUUGAUAUAAUUUGUAGUGUUGUUUUCAGUGAUGUUCCUGUUCUGUGUUUUAUUCCCAGUGGACUGUCCUGCUGUGGCUGUCACGCCUUUAUUUCUGCCAGGUAUUAGUUUGUUAAAGAAUUCCAAGUUUAAAAAAACUAACUUUGGUAAACUGAGCUGAGGUAUACAGAAAUAUUUGAGCUUUUUAUUUUUUAUUUUUUGAUCUGUUGAAUGACUGGUUUCCACAUGCUGUAAUUGACAGAACUGUUUUUGUUUUUUCUUCUGUUGUUUUGAAGUUUGAAUGUUUAUUCCCCCCAGGGUAAUUUUAUGGACUAGCUGCCUCCUUCCUCUGAAUCUGUGUCCAGAUCGUUUCUGAUAGACCCCUGGCUGCUCCCUCCCCCUUUUCCUCACGUAAUUCAUCAUCUUGGCCAAUCCUGUCCCUCCCCAAAAAGUUUACGCCAAGCCGCCUAUAAAGAAGUGCUUAAGUUUCUCCAGUACCAGAAAAGUCUUGUCCUCCCAGGGACCCAUCGAUGGAUACGUUGACGCACAGAGCUACAAGUGGACUCUCUCCUUGACUUCAUGAGAGGGGAGUCGUUUUUGGACACUUUCUGGCCACCGUCUGCCCAAAGUGGAGAUGUCUGAGGAAAACAUCGGGGAAGAAUCGAGCAGCUCCCCCGUCUCUCCAGUGGACAGCCUGAGCAACAGUGAGGGGGAGCUGGACCGACAGCCCAAGAGGAGUGGGAGGAAGAGAAGACCGAGCAGGAAGAACGGUGAGGAGUCGGACAGUCCAACACCUGGGAAGAGAGGGAAGAAGUCCAGCAGCAGCGGCAGCCCCCAGUCCUUCGAGGAGCUCCAGUCCCAGAGGAUCAUGGCCAACGUCCGGGAGAGACAGAGGACGCAGUCCCUCAACGAGGCGUUCGCCGCUUUGCGCAAAAUCAUCCCCACGUUGCCCUCGGACAAACUGAGCAAAAUACAGACCCUGAAACUCGCAGCCAGAUACAUCGACUUCCUCUGCCAGGUUCUGCAGAGCGACGAGCUGGACUCCAAAAUGUCAAGCUGCAGUUAUGUGGCCCACGAGAGGCUGAGCUACGCGUUCUCCGUGUGGAGGAUGGAGGGCGCCUGGUCAAUGUCCACAUCUCACUAGCACCUGGACAAUCUGUG